CAUGCGCUCCUGGCAGCGUGAUAGUUUCCCAGCAGGUGAAAGGAUGGAGAGAUCCCUCUGAUCUAGCGAUUCGAGAUGAUCUAUAGCAACGUUUAAGACGGAUUUAGACAAUAACCCCGAGAGUAGAUUUUUAAAAUCUGGUUUAAACGCGUUACAUGGGCUUCUUUUUCGCACGAGAUUUUCCCUUUUUUUUUUGUCAAGUUUUUUUCGGCUCGAAGAAGAUGCGUAAAGUUUGCCAAGACUUAUCUCGGAUGUCUCCAGCUGGUUUUCGCAGAGUGAUCUUCGACUUUUCAGAUCAAAUCGUGCUUGGAUGUUGAUUGAAAACUGCAAGAUUUAAACUUGGUGGAUCCUUUCCUCCCCUCUUCUGCUUGACUUUAGAGACGCGGGCACAUUAAAAGUUGUUUAGAGCUGUUUGCAACGCACUGUAAAACAGAUGGGAUAACGGAGAUGUUGUGGUUUUGCAGUCGUCGUUAAGUUAAUGGAUGUUUUUGCCCUAACAUAAGAGCCAUUCGAAUGAUAAAAUCCAGUUUUCUUUCGGAUAUGAAGUGAAAUAAUCUGCAGCCUUCGAGGAGAUUUUUGGCGCUCAAAAAGCUGUCAUAGGAUUGAAGAAUGGCUCGGUUUGGAGACGAGUCCGCUCCCACCACGGUGGACUCCGGGGAUGGGGAUGUGGAGCACGGCGGGGACUCGCAGGACGCGGUUGCGGCGGGACUGACUGCCUCUAUGAAACAAGCGAAGGCGCAGCGGGCCCGGACCAUGGCUCUGUACAACCCCGUCCCCCACCGGCAGAACUGCCUCACCAUCAACAGGUCGCUGUUCAUAUUCGCAGAGGACAACAUCAUUAGGAAAUACGCACGGAGAAUCAUUGAGUGGCCACCAUUUGAGUACAUGAUCCUUGCCACCAUCACCGCCAACUGUGUCGUCCUGGCCUUGGAGCAGCACCUCCCUGGAGAGGAUAAGACCCCCAUGGCAAAGAGACUGGAGAAGACAGAGCCUUACUUCAUUGGGAUCUUCUGCUUUGAGGCGGGGAUCAAGCUUGUGGCUCUUGGUUUUGUUUUCCAUAAAGGCUCAUACCUGAGGAACGGCUGGAAUGUCAUGGACUUCAUAGUCGUUCUCAGCGG